CUAAAUUCUCAUUUUUUGGGAUUUGGACCCCCCAAAUCCCCAUUUUUUUGGGAUUGGGACCCCCCAAAUCCCCAUUUUUUUGGGUUCCAGACCCCCCAAAUCCCCAUUUUUUGGGUUCCAGACCCCCCAAAUCCCCAUUUUUUGGGUUCCAGACCCCCCAAAUCCCCAUUUUUUGGGUUCCAGACCCCCCAAAUCCCCAUUUUUUGGGUUCCAGACCCCCCAAAUUCCCAUUUUUUUGGGGUGACACCUCCCAAAAUCCUGGUUUUUUGGGGGUAACACCUCCCAAAUUCCCGUUUUUCGGGGUCAAGACCCCCUAAAUUCCCAUUUUUUGGGUCCAGGACCCCCGAAAUUCCCAUUUUUUCAGGGUAACACCCCCCAAAUUCUCAUUUUUUUGGGGUGACACCCCCCAAAUCCCCGUUUUUUUGGGAUUGGGACCCCCCAAAUCCCCAUUUUUUGGGUUCCAGACCCCCCAAAUCCCCAUUUUUUUGGGAUUGGGACCCCCCCAGUCCCCGUUUUUGGGGGUCCCCCGCCAUGGCUGACCCCAUGCUGGAGCUCUUUGACGACCCCCACCUGUUCGGGCUGGAGCCCCUCCCCCCCGAGGAGGAGCUGGGCCCCGCCCCCGCCCCUCCCCCCACCCCGGGGGACCCCCUGGCCGAGGCUUUGGGGCUCUCGGGGAUCGUCAUCCUCAAAGCCCCGCCCCCCUCGGGCCCCGCCCCGGCCCCGCCCAACGGGGGCAGAGCCGCCCUGGCCAAGGUGCUGGGGGGAGGGGCCAAGGGGGGCGUGGCCGCGGCGGGGGGAGGGGGAGGGGCAGGGGGAGGGGGAGGGGCCCGGCAGGUGAAGCAGCUCCUGCUGCAGCCCCUGAAGAGCGGGGGGACCCCGGGGACCCCCCUGAAACCCGGCCUGAGCCUGGGGACGGCGCAGGGUGACUCCAAGCGCAUCACCCUGGUGCUGCAGCAGCCGGCGGGCGCGGCAGCGGCGGCGGCGGCGGCGGCGGCGGCACCGGGCCAGCGCCACGUGGUGCUGGGAGCCCUGCCCGGCAAACUCCUGCUGCAGACCGGCACCGGCACCGGCACCGGCGCCGCCAAAACCACACCCGGCACCACCGGCACCGCCGGCCCCGCCAAGGUGGUGACCAUCCAGCUGCAGGUGCAGCCCCCCGGAGCCCCCGGAGCCCCCCAGAAGAUCCAACUGAUCCAGCAGGCGGGGGCGGCGCCCCUGGGCGUGGCUCAGGUGCCACAGGUGCUGGGAGGGGCCGGGCAGAGGCUGACGGUGCCGCUCAAGGUGGUGCUGCAGCCACAGGCCGGCUCCUCUGCGGGCGGCUCCUCGGCCGGGCUCUCGGUGGUGAAGGUGCUGAGCGGCGCCGAGGUGACGUCACCGGUGCCGCCACCGCCAUCCUCCUCAUCAUCCUCAUCGUCACCGCGCGGCGCCGCGGAGGAGAGCCGCAAGCUGGAGCACCAGAAGAAGCAGGAGAAGGCCAAUCGCAUCGUGGCCGAGGCCAUCGCCCGCGCCCGCGCCCGCGGCGAGCAGAACAUCCCCCGCGUGCUCAACGAGGACGAGCUGCCCAGCGUCCGGCCCGACGACGACGGCGAGCGCCGGCGGCGCCGAAAGGGAGCGGGAGCGGCCGGAGAGCGCGGCGGCGCCAAGGAGGAGCGGCCGCGGCGCGGGAAGGGACAGGGAGGAGGGAAGAGCAAGGCCAGGGGCAAGGCCAGCACCAUCACGCCGGUGGUGGGGAAGAAGCGCAAGCGCAACGCGUCCUCCGACAACUCCGACUCGGAGCUGCUCCCGGCGCCGUCCCCGCGCCGCGACGACGACAGCGGCAACGGCGUGCAGAAGCGGCGCUCCAACCGGCAGGUGAAGCGCAAGAAGUACACGGAGGACCUGGACAUCAAGAUCACGGACGAUGAGGAGGAUGAAGAGCUGGACGUGACGGGGCCGGCGCGGCCGGAGCAGCCGCCGGCGCCGCCGCCCCCCGAGCCCGACGGCGACGCCCUGCCCUCCAUGCAGUUCUUCGUGGAGAACCCGAGCGAGGAGGACGCGGCCAUCGUGGACAAGGUCCUGUCCAUGCGGGUGGUCAAGAAGGAGCUGCCGUCGGGACAGUUGGUGGAGUCCGAGGAGUUCUUCGUCAAGUACAAGAACUACUCGUACCUGCACUGCGAGUGGGCGACGAUCGCGCAGCUGGAGAAGGACAAGAGGAUCCACCAGAAACUCAAACGCUUCAAGACCAAAAUGAACCAAAUGCGGCAUUUCUUCCACGAGGAUGAGGAACCUUUCAACCCCGAUUAUGUGGAGGUGGAUCGGAUCCUGGACGAGUCGCACAGCGUGGACAAGGACAACGGCGAGCCUGUGGUGUAUUACCUGGUCAAGUGGUGCUCGCUGCCGUACGAGGACAGCACCUGGGAGCUGCAGGAGGACGUGGACGAGGCCAAGAUCGCCGAGUUCAAACGGAUCCAGGCGCGGCACCCCGAGCUCAAGAGACAGCCACGCCCGCAGGCCGGGGCCUGGAAGAAGCUGGAGGCGUCUCACGAGUACAAGAACCACAAUCGGCUGCGGGAAUAUCAGCUGGAAGGGGUUAACUGGCUGCUGUUCAACUGGUACAACAGGCAGAACUGCAUCCUGGCGGACGAGAUGGGUCUGGGCAAGACGAUCCAGUCGAUCGCGUUCCUGCAGCAGGUGCACGGCGCCGGCGUGCGCGGCCCUUACCUGGUGAUCGCGCCGCUCUCCACCAUCGCCAACUGGGAGCGCGAGUUCGGCACCUGGACCGGCCUCAACACCAUCGUCUACCACGGCAGCCUGGCCAGCCGGCAGAUGAUCCAGCAGUACGAGAUGUACUGCAAGGACAGCAAGGGCCGGCUGAUCCCAGGUGCGUACAAGUUCGACGCCCUGAUCACCACCUUUGAGAUGAUCCUGUCCGACUGUCCCGAGCUGCGCGAGGUGCAGUGGCGCUGCGUGGUCAUCGACGAGGCGCACCGGCUGAAGAACCGGCACUGCAAACUGCUGGACAGCCUCAAACACAUGGACCUGGAGCACAAGGUGUUGCUGACAGGUACACCUCUCCAGAACACCGUUGAAGAACUGUUCAGUCUCCUGCACUUCCUGGAACCCGCCCGCUUCCCCUCCGAGGCCGAGUUCCUCAAGGACUUCGGGGACCUGAAAACCGAGGAGCAGGUGCAGAAGCUGCAGGCGCUGCUGAAGCCGAUGAUGCUGCGGCGGCUGAAGGAGGACGUGGAGAAGAACCUGGCCCCCAAGCAGGAGACCAUCAUCGAGGUGGAGCUGACCAACGCGCAGAAGCGGCUGUACCGCGCCAUCCUGGAGCGCAACUUCGCUUACCUGGCCAGGGGGGCGGGGCACGGCAACGUCCCCAACCUGCUCAACACCAUGAUGGAGCUGCGCAAGUGCUGCAACCACCCCUACCUCAUCAAUGGAGCGGAGGAGCAGAUCGUGGCGGAGCUGCGGGCGUCGCUGCCGUCGCCGGCGCCGCCGGACCUGGCGCUGCAGGCCCUGGUGCGCUCGGCCGGGAAGUUGGUGCUGCUGGACAAGCUCCUGCCCCGCCUGCGCGCCGGGGGACACAAGGUGCUGGUCUUCUCCCAGAUGGUGCGCUGCCUGGACAUCCUGGAGGACUACCUCAUCCAGAAACGGUACCCGUACGAGCGCAUCGACGGGCGUGUCCGGGGGAACCUGCGUCAGGCGGCCAUCGACCGUUUCAGCCGGCCGGACUCGGACAGGUUCGUGUUCCUGUUGUGCACCCGCGCCGGGGGCCUGGGCAUCAACCUGACGGCUGCAGACACCUGCAUCAUCUUCGACUCGGACUGGAACCCCCAGAACGACCUGCAGGCGCAGGCGCGGUGUCACCGCAUCGGGCAGAGCAAGGCGGUGAAGGUGUACCGCCUCAUCACCCGCAACUCCUACGAGCGCGAGAUGUUCGACAAGGCCAGCCUGAAACUGGGGCUGGACAAAGCCGUGCUGCAGUCGAUGAGCGGCCGCGAGGGCAGCAUCGCUGGGAUCCAGCAGUUCUCCAAGAAGGAGAUCGAGGACCUGCUGCGCAAGGGCGCCUACGCCGCCAUCAUGGACGAGGACGACGAGGGCGCCAAGUUCUGCGAGGAGGACAUCGAGCAGAUCCUGCUGCGGAGGAGCACCACCAUCACCAUCGAGAGCGAGGGCAAGGGCUCCACCUUCUCCAAGGCCAGCUUCGUGGCGUCCGAGAACCGCACGGACAUCGCGCUGGACGACCCCAACUUCUGGCAGAAGUGGGCGAAGAAAGCUGACCUGGACCUGGAGCUGCUCAACAGCAAGAACACGCUGGUCAUCGACACGCCGCGUGUCCGGAAGCAGACGCGUCACUUCAGCACGCUGAGGGACGAUGACCUGCUGGACUUCUCCGAGCUGGACAGCGACGACGAGCCCGACCGGCCGCGGCCACGCCGCGGUCACCACCACGCCGGACACCACGCCGGGCACCACCACGCCGCCGCCGGACACCACGGACAGCACGGACAUCACCACGGCUCCGGCCACCACGGCCACGUCCAGCAGCAGCCGCCGCAGCCCCCCCAGCAGCAGCAGGGUUUGGUCACUCCGGUCACUCCGGCCGCUCCGGCCGCUCCGGCCGCGCCCCAGCCCUUCGGGAGGAGCGAGUGCGUCCGGGUGGAGAAACACCUGAUGGUCUUCGGGUGGGGCCGGUGGAGGGAACUGACCGCCCAGCCGCGCUGCCCACGCCGCCUGUCCGAGCGCGAGGCCGAGCGCUUGAGCCGCGCCAUCGUCCUGCUCUGCCUGCGCCACUUCCGGGGGGACGCGGGGACCCGGGCGUUCGCCUGCGGGCUGCUGGCCGGAGAGCGCGGGUCGCCGUCGGCUCCGCGGGGCCGGAAGGGGAAGAAGGCCCAGAAGGUUCCGGAAGCCGCGGAGUGGCUGCGGCGCCACGAGCCCGAGGGGCUCCUGCCGGACGAGAGCUUCCGGAAACAUCUGCGGCACCACAGCGCCAGGAUCCUGCUGCGGGUGAGGACUCUGCAUUUCCUGCGCCACGAGGUCAUCGGGGACGAGGCCGAGAAGGUUCUGGCCGGGGCCAGCGCCAGCGAUGUCCACAUCUGGUUCCCGCUGCUGGAGCAGCUGGAGGUGCCCUCGGCCUGGUGGGACCCCGAGGCCGACAAAUCUCUGCUGCUCGGGGUCUUCAAGCACGGGUACGGCAGGUAUCACAGCAUGCGCGCAGACCCCGCUCUCUGUUUCCUGGCCAAGGCCGGGGGUCCCGACACCGCGGCUCUGGCGGCCGAGCAGCGCCUGGAGGGGCCCGAGGGGGCGGAUUUCGACAGAGACCCCGAGGACCCCGAGUACAAACCCCUGCAGGGGGGCGGCGAGGAGAGUGACCCCCUGGCCGCGCUGGACGAGGAGAUCUCGGUGGUGGACGGCGACGAAGCCCCCCCGGCUCCCCCGGGCUCGUGGCCGGCGGCGUCGGCGCUGACCGCGCGCUUCCGGCGCCUGAUGGGGGCGGCUCAGAGGGGCCGGGACCCCCCCCCGGAGCCCCCCCGGGACCGGGAGCGGGAGCGGCACCGGGACCCCCCCGGCGAGCGCCGGCGCCCGCGCCGCGACAAGCAGCAGCGCUGGACCCGGCGGGAACAGGCCGAUUUCCUGCGCGUGGCCUCCACCUUCGGGGUGGAGCUGGAGCCGGGCUCGGGCCGGUUCCGCUGGGGAAGGUUCCGGGCCUUGGCCAACCUGGAGCGGCGCUCGGACGAGGACCUGACGCGCUUCUACCACGGCUUCGUGGCCAUGUGCCGGCAGGUGUGCCGCCUGCCGCCGGCUCCCGGCGAUGUGCCGCCCCCACUGUCUCCUCCUCCUCUCCCGGUGCCCCCAGCCCUGGCUCUGCGCUGCCUGCGCCGUCUGGCUCUGCUCCGGUGUCUCCGGGAGCGCGUUUUGCCGCACCCGGCGCUGCCGGCGCUGCUGAACCCAAAUUACCCAAAUUCACCUGUUUUUACCCCGUUUUCUCUCUCACAUGCCACCCCCGCUGUCCCCUCCUCCUCUCCCGGUCCCUCCAGCCCUGGCCCUGCGCUGCCUGCGCCGUCUGGCUCUGCUCCGGUGUCUCCGCGAGCGCGUUUUGCCGCACCCAAAUUGCCCAAAUUCACCUGUUUUUACCCCAAUUUCUCUCUCACAGUGCCGCCCCCACUGUCUCCUCCUCCUCUCCCGGUGCCCCCGGCUCUGGCUCUGCGCUGUCUGCGCCGUCUGGCUCUGCUCCGGUGUCUCCGCGAGCGCGUUUUGCCGCACCCGGCGCUGCCGGCGCUGCUGGCGCGGUUGCCGCCCCCCGGCUCGCUGCUGCCGCCCUGGUGGCUGCCGGGGGCGCACGACGCCGAGCUGCUGCGGGCGGCCGCGCGCCACGGCCUGCGGGGGGCGCUGCUGCGCGCCGCCGUACGGCACCGCCGGCGCCGCGGUGACGUCACCGCCGGGGACAGCAACGACGACACCGGGGACAACACCGGGGACAACAACAACAACAAUGGGGGGCUCGUCCGGGACAGCAACAACAACAACACCGGGGGGCUCGUCCGGGACAACAACGACAGCGAGAGAGGGGAGAUGGAGGAGGAGCAACAACCGGACACGGGGGGCCCGGAGCCGCUGGAGGCCGAGGAUGAGGACGAGGAUGAGGAGGAGGAAGAGGACGAAGAGGAGGAGGGGGAGGGGGAGGACGAUGAGGAUUCCCCUCCCCCCUCGGGCGAGGGCGGCUCCCCCAAACCGCCCCUCCCCCACCCCGCGCCGGCGGGGGGACCCCAAAAUCUGCUCUGCUGGCCCAAGGACCGGGCUCUGAUCCGGAGGCUGGACCUGAUCUGCCGGGCGGUGCUGACGGCGGGGGAGGGGCUGCCCCCCCCGCAGGAUUUCGGGGGGGUCCCGGGGGGGCUCCCGGAGCCCGCCCCUCCCCCGCCCCCCCCGCAGGCCCCACCCCCCUUCCCCUCCCCCCCCCGCGGGCGCCACCAGGACAAGGAGUUCACGGUGCAGAUCAAAGACGAGGAGGGGCUCAAAUUGACCUUCCAGAAACAUCGCCUGGGGCCCAACGGGGCCGCGCGGGGGCCACCCCCCAAAAAGAACAGCAAGAAGCUGGUGGAGCUGGAGCUGCGCUGCCUCGAGGGGCUCCGGGACCCCCGGGGGGACCCCGAGGGCGUGGUGGCCGCCCCUCCCCCGCCCCGCGGCGACGGCCCCGAGUUCGCCGAGCCCCGGCUGCUCCCGUUCGUGGAGCAGCGGCGGGAAAAGUGGCACCGGAAAAAGUUCCUCCCCUCCCCCCCCUCAGGUUUGGACCUUUCCAAGAUGGUGGCGCUGAUGGGGGGCGGGGCCAGCGGCGCGGGGGGUGUGGCCUCGCCGUCCUUGGCCCCGCCCCCGCACUUCCGGCCCGAAGCGGAAGAGGAAGCGGAAGCCGGAAGUGGGUGCUGCCCCCUGCUGGCCGACCCCAUGCUGCCGCCCACUUCCGACUCGGAUUAAGCCCCGCCCCUUUUCCUGCCGGGGCCACGCCCCCUCCCCAUAUUUAUAUAAAUAUGUAAAA